AUGUAUUAUUUUUAUUUCUGGUUUCAUGAGAAGAGAAAAUGCGCUUUAGAACUUUAUCUUAGAGGAAUUGGGAUAUACUUAAUCAAGAAAGUGAGGGAUGUGACAAGGAAUUACAACCUUUGCAAUGGAUGCUUGGAAAUAGAAACAUCAACAUGUACAUGGGGAUCAUAUGUUGUGAUAGGCCAACCUUUAAGCCCAUAUACCUUUAUAGAACUUUGAAUUUAAUGUUCUCAAGUUUAUCAUGAUAUCUGGCUAUAUUUAUUUCCGUUUGAGUUUAAAUCGUGUAAUUUUAGUGAUUUACGUCAAUUACAUAAUGUUCUCAAGUUUAUCAUG